AGCGAAGCUACCGCAAAAGCGACGAGAAGUGAACCCUCUUUUCCUUCAGCACUCUUUACGUAAACAUUUUACGUCAUCGCGUACUGUUCAAACGUGGCGGCGGUAUCGACCCAGAGCACCAGCACUGUGGCUGCACAUUUCUCACUUUUAUCAGUUAGUUUGGAGGUUAGAUUCGAGAUAAGAGCGUUAUUAACAACCUGUUAUUGAAUGGCAUUCGACUUUAGCUUGUUGUGUUUGUCUAAACUGGUCAAAUACGGGUUUCAUCGCGAUAUUCCAUGACUGCGAUGACCUGCAAACUGAGUGGCCUGUUCAGCAUCGGAGAUGACUUUGAUGAUGAGGACCUGCUUAGUACAGACUGGACCGCCUGCUCAGCCUCCGGACCAGCCAGUGUGGCAGCUGCUGUGCCAUCCUGCACUCUGCGGGCUUCCUCUGUGGCUGACAGAGAGCCGGAAAAAAUCCAUCAUCAGCAAACUGGAGAGAAAUUGGCUGCUGUGUGUAAUGGCACAGCAUCAGGGAGCAGCGUGCACAGUGCUGCCAGGCAAACUGUUGCUUUGGGUUUGAGACAGCUCUCCUCCUCCUCCGCUCGUCCUCACUCCCCUCCUCCACUCACACUGACUACCUCUCAGCCUAAUUUGGCUCAACAGCAGAGCCACGUCAACACUCAGGCGCUGAUAAAGCCUCGCAUCGCUCAGGAUGAUUUUGAUGAUUGGGAUGUUGACCUGGCGGACUUGGACGAGUCUGACAACCAUAUGGGGACACUACAGAAACCUGCUGCUUUCACUCCACCUGCAACUGCAGCGGAACCUCAGUCUGCAGCCAAAACACUGCGUCCCUCGGCCCAUGGAGGAAGUCAAACCCUUCAUAAUCAAACCUUUAGAGAGCUCAGAACUGCAUGCAACUCUUCCAGCUCAUCAAGUUUUAAUGCACCUCCUCGGAGCCCCUGUUCGCCACAUCUGCAGUCUUCAAAUCCUCGUGCCUUUUAUCCUACAACUUCUCCACAUACUCCUGCGGUUUUUCUUGGGCUUACUGCACGCUCCCCGACUCCCAGCAGUUUUUCUAGCAUUGUAAAUCAUCCUCAUCAGUCACAGAAACAGUGGACUACUCCACGAGCCUCUGCUCAGGCUCGAAAUCUGUUUGAAACGGUCUCCCCAGCACCCUCCCCCUCGGUGAGUUCCACCACCCGAAGUACUCAUCCUCUACACACACCAGUCCUGACUAAUCGCCUGGUUCAGCUGGUAUCUGCCUCCAAUAAACUCCCCAAGAAGAGACCCCGAUCUGAGGCUCACCAGCCCAGGACCAGGCGCUUCCCGGGUCCUGCAGGACUCCUCCCCCAGCAGCCUCAGGGUCAGAACCUGGAUGAGAUAGUGGUUUCUGUUCCUCAGACUCCUGCUCACGGGGUCGUGGCUCGAUCACCAAGUCAGUGUUCGAGCUCACAGGCGGAGGACGAUGAGUUCAGCAGCAGUGGUGCCUGGGCUGCGAUGAAGGCAGAGAUGGGUCUGGAUGAGAGGAAUCCGUCAUGCUUCCUGCACACCUACAGCGUUGUCAUGGUGCUGCGCAAGGCUGCACUGAAACAGCUGCCUAGAAACAAAGUGCCCAACAUGGCUGUGUGUCUGAAGAGCAUUCUCCACACGAAUACUGACGCUAAGGUGGUGUUUAAGGACCCAACAGGGGAGAUCCAGGGAACGGUGCAUCGGCGUCUCCUGGAGGAACGGGUGGAGGAGCUGAAAGUUGGAGCUGUGCUGCUGCUCAAACAGGUGGGGGUGUUUUCCCCCUCCCAUCGUAACCACUACCUGAAUGUGACAUCCAACAACCUGCUAAGGAUCUACGCCCCCGACGGAGUCAGCCUGUACUCCAGUCAGCUGCCUCCACUCGUCCUGGAGCCGAUGUUGUCAUCACCCGCUUCGGUUCCCGGCGUCCUCCGGGGGACGGUGUCUCGGAUGCAGCUGGAGUUUGAUGAAGAGGACGAGGAGGGAAAAGAGGGAGGAGGACACAUGGAGAAAGCCAAAAUCCCUCGGGCCCAGACACACACCGAGGAGAACAAAUCGGUUACCUCCAGCAGAGGCCCCCGUGGGAGCACCGAGCAGGAGGCAGGCUGGGAUGCAGAUGAUGACCUGGACGAGCUGCUGGGAGAGUUGCCUGAGGACACCUACAGCUUUUGAUCCAACCUUUUUCCUCCUGAAGAAGCUGUAAAAACACGAUGUUAAGCUAGUUUUAUUUGUUAGAAAAUAGUCUGACAUCCACAAAGCUUUCUGUUUAAAGCCUUUCUCCUGAGUGACACGUUUAGUGAUUUGUCUUAUGACUUCUCUACGUUGAGCUUUUUCUGUUUCUAAGCUUGUUGCUUGAACGUGGAAGCUGGAAAUAAACAAGUUUGCACAAAAAUGACUAAUUAUGCAAAUUAAAGCAAGGCAGCCUUUC